UUAUAAGGGUCCCUAAGGAAAUAAUUAUAAUGUUUCAAGUAGUCUAUCGCAGUAAUUUCUGUUUCAAUUUCUUCUUCAAUAGCAAUUUCAACUAAUAACUCUGCCGGUUAACAGAAACUACUUUUAUUAGUACAACUAAAACUUGGGAAAAGAGGAAAAGAAUACUAGUGCAAGGUUAUAAAACAAGAUUAACAUUAUAAAAACUUUUCAUAUAUAUAUGCCGGUUAUUUUGUAUCGUGUAUGUUUCAAUUUAAAUUUUGCGCUUAAGUUGAAUAAAAAUUUCAAUAAUUAAGCGCACGAAAUACUACAGAAUGCAUUUCUUACCAUAUAUAUUUUUACUUUCAAUCUUCGCUAUGGUGAACAAUGUAAUAGCAGAAUUUUCUGCAGAUGAUUGCAAAAUGUUAGGAUUUAAUAAAGCCAAUCUACUCUGCUCAACCUGUGAAUAUUUUGCAGAAUCUGAUCUAGCAAAGAUAACUGCUACAUGCAAGGAAUGUUGUUUGAAAGAUAAUGAUUAUGACUUGUCUGGAUCAAAACGCUAUCCUAAGGCUGUUCUUGAAGUGUGUACGUGCAAAUUUGGUGCAUAUCCACAAAUACAAGCUUUCAUCAAAAGUGACAGACCAAAGAAAUAUAAGAACCUUAGUAUAAAGUAUGUAAGGGGUUUAGAUCCGAUAAUCAAAUUGUAUAAUGUGGAAAAUAGAGUUGAAGAUAUUCUAGAUAUACACAAGUGGGACACAGACUCUGUAGAUGAAUUUCUAUCAACUCAUCUUUCUAAAGAUUAGUAAAGUUAAGACAUAUAUUCUA